AUGUCUGAUCCGGAGCCAUCGGUGGCGAUCUCAUCCUCGCCUUCUCUCCCGGCCACCGACUCCAAUCCUCUUAAUUACGCCUUUCUCGUUCACUCCCAGAAGACCCUCACGCAAAACCUGCCUCCUCGUGUCGACAACAAGUUACUAGCCCGCCAAAAGCGGCGUCGAACUAGCCCGGAGGACCACGCAAUUCUCGAAUCCGAAUACCAGCAGAACCCCAAGCCCGACAAGAUCGCUCGCACAAACAUCGUGAACCGCGUCUCGCUCGGCGAGAAAGAGGUCCAAAUUUGGUUCCAGAACCGCCGCCAGAACGACCGUCGGAAAUCCAAACCACUUCAGCCUCACGAACUACUCGCCCCGCGGUCGGGCAUGGUUGAUUCAUCCGGUCAACCUUUAAGUGACGAUAACGCGUCAGCAGAGCCGGGGUCUUCAAGUGGGGCAGAACAAUCCGACGUUCACGACCGUCGCGAAGAAAUGGCGAAACCAUGGCACGGUGGGCUGUUGAACUUCUCUGAUGAGUCGGAGCCGAUGGAAGAAAAAGAUGAACAUGAGCUGCCUCAGAGUACACAAACAAGCGUGGCCACGGAGGCUGUAGCGGAUACUCCGCCGACCACGCAGGAAGAGUUUUCCCAAAGUGUGAAUGACCCCUCGGAGGAUUCUAUUUUGCCCGUCCCCAAAAGAAAGCGUUCUGUAUCGGAUAUCAGGGGCGAGGGAGCACAUGGGCAGGAUGCAGCAAACACACAAAUCACACACACAACACCGACCAAAUCCCCGCCAUCGUUGCGAUUGUCAAUGUCGUUUGAUGGAGAGGCCAUGGUACGCAAAGAGGGCGAGCUAACGCCCUCGCCACCAAAAGGUCGCAACGCGUUGCGCAUCGCCAUGUCAUCAGACGGCAAGGCAGUAAUUCGUGGGGAGAAUGAGCCGUCGCCAUCCAAAAACCGCGUGGCGAUGUUCUCAGUACGUCGGACAAAGAUGUCUGGCCUCCGACGCAGUAGCAGUGCCAUCUUCCCAGCCACGCCGCUGGCAGGCUUGGCCGAGAAGGAUCGGACAUUCGGUCGGUCUCGCGAUUCGCGUAACUGGGAAUCAUUCUGUGACACAGAUGCCCGAAGUGCUCUAUCCACACCGACUUCUGGCCCGAACGCUUCUCCGGGUCUGUUCCAGUCUCGCAGCCAGCGCUCAUUAACACGGAGCGCUUCCGGGCGACACUUCGCUACCCAAGCUGACAUAAACAGCACACCUAUAUCUCAGUCCAUGGGAGAGAAGAGGCGGAAGUUAGCUCGUACAGUUUCUUCUUUGGGGCGGUUAGAAACCGGACGCAACAAGGCCAACGGCGCAUCGAAGCUGUCCAAGCCUAUAUUUUCCAAGUCUGGAAAGCAAGAUCUGGAACUAGAUCCCGGCGAUUCUGAUAAGGAGAAUUGGGUUCCAGGCACACGAGCGGCAAACGUUCGUCGUCGCAACACCUCACAUAUGCCACGAUCGGUUCUUCGCGAUACCAACCGGAACCGCGGUCUCGGCAUCAGCACCAACGGCAAGCGCAAUCGACCAUUCCAACCUGGUCAGGGCAAAGCCCCGCCAGAGGUCAGUGCAGAAGUGUCAGCAUUCAUGUCCAGCGGCAACGGGGGAGUCAAGAAGACGACCUGGACUGUGUCCAGGGUCUCCUAUCAUUGA